CACCGCCCAGCAUGGAGGUGUCGUCAACACACCUCAGUUUAACGGUGUUAAUGUUGCAGGGAAUCUAAUGGUCCAAGUCACGCAGGCCUCGUCUCCUGACAGGACAGACGAGACGAAAGAUGCUUCUCCCAAAAACAAAGCAAACACUCAAAGGUGCCGAGAUAACUUAAAAUCUUUCCUUGAAAAUACAACAAAGGAUCUGUCACAAGGAACAAAGGAAGAUGGAUCAUCGACUCCUUUAGACAAGAUCUAUACGGAGCUUUACAUCAGACGAGGAGGCAGUGGGGAGGUUAAUAGUGAACAUGAAGUGGUUAACUUGGAAUGCAAAAGGAGUUCGAGUGAGGAGAAGAAAAUCCAGGUCAAUGACAUUCUUCAACCUUUAUCAAACGAAGAAAACCCUCCUCAGAGAGUUCUGACGAAGGGAAUCGCUGGCAUUGGAAAAUCUGUCGCUGUGCAGAAGUUCACUCACGACUGGGCAACAGGAGAAGCCAACCAAACUACUGAUUUCAUAUUUCCAUUCACAUUCAGAGACUUAAACUUGAUUAAAGAUAAGGAUUGGAGUCUUGUGACAUUAAUAUGUCACUAUUUUGAAGAAGUGAAGGAUUUGGAAAAGUCAGAUUACAGCGAAUCAAGUGUUUUGUUCAUCUUCGACGGCCUGGAUGAAAGCCAAUUACCUCUGGACUUCAACAACAAUGAGAUGUGCCGCGAUGUUACAAAGACCAUAACAUUAGACAUCCUGCUGACCAACUUAAUUUCAGGGCAACUGUUGCACAAAGCCUCAGUCUGGAUCACAAGUAGACCAGCUGCAGCCACUAAGAUUCCUCCCAAGUUCUUCCACAGGGUGACCGAGGUACGAGGCUUUAAUGAUGAGCAGAAGGAGGAGUACUUUCAGAAGAAAGUUAGUGACAAGGAAAUGGCUCAGAAGAUCUGCGAUCAUCUUCAGUCAAAGACGCAAAGAAGUCUGUACAUCAUGUGCCACAUCCCAGUCUUCUGUUGGAUUUCAGCCACAGCUCUACAGAGUAUCCUAACAGAAACAGAAGAAGCUGAGUUGCCCAAAACUGUGACUGAAAUGUACACACACUUCCUGAUCAUCCAGACAAAGCUGAAGGAAUAUCAAGAAGGUGAAACCGACAAAGAUGUGAUCAUGAAAUUGGGAAAGCUGGCAUUUGAACAGCUUCAGAAGGGCAACAUACUCUUCUAUGAAAACGAGUUUAAAAGUUGUGGAAUUGAUCUGAAACAAGCUGCAGUUAAUUCAGGAGUUUGUACACAGAUCAUAAGAAAAGAAUCUGGUCUUCACAAACAAGAGAUUUACUCCUUCAUUCAUUUAAGUGUUCAGGAGUUUCUGGCAGCUCUGUAUGUGUUAGAGACUUUCUUAGAUAGCGGAGAAAAUCUGCUUUCCAGCCAGACAAGUGUGAAAGUGCCAUCAAAGAAAGGAGAACGUCCCAUCUUCCUCCUCCACCAGAACGCAGUGGAUAUGGCUUUGUUCAGCAAUAAUGGACAAUGGGACUUGUUCCUGCGCUUCCUGCUCGGUCUGUCGCAGGAUAAAAAUCAGGAGCUUCUUCAAAAACGAGUUGGAUUCAAAGGAAGACGUCCACAGAGCAACCAGGAGACAAUCAAUUUCAUUCACGAGAAGAUUAAGAAACUGUCCAACAGCGACAAGAGCAUCAACCUGUUCCACUGUUUAAAUGAGUUGGGUGACCAGUCUCUGGUAGAGCAAGUCCAAAAGUACCAGAGCUCAGGAGAUUUUGGUAAACUCUUACCUGAACAUUGGUCAGCUCUGGCCUUUCAGCUGCUCGUUUCCAAUGAAGACCUGGAUUUCUUUGACCUGAAGAAAUACGAAAGAUCAGAUGAAGUUCUGGAGAGGCUGCUGCCAGUGCUCAACGCCUCAAAAAGAGCUUCGUUAAGUUACUGUGACCUCACCGACAGAUGUUGUGAGAACAUUUCAUCAGUUCUCAGCUCGAAGUCUUCUGGUCUGGAGGAGUUAGACCUGAGUGGAAACUCUCUGCUGACUGACUCUGGAGUGAAGCUGCUCUCUGACGGUCUAAAAAGUCCCAACUGCAAACUUCAGAGACUCCACCUGAGAUGGUGCGGGAUAACAGCAGCUGGCUGCCGGUCUUUGGCCUCUGCCCACAGCGACUCCUCUGAUCUCAAAGAACUCAACCUGAGCCUCAACUUCCUGGAAGACCAGGGGGUGGAGCUGCUCUCUUAUUGGAUGAGGAAACCCCAGUGUAGACUGGAGAUACUGAGCCUGAGCGGCUGCAUGUUGUCAACAGCCAGCUGCCGGUCUUUGACCUUUGCCUUCAGUGACUCCUCUGAUCUCAGAGAACUCAACCUGAGUGGCAACAACCUGGAGUACCAGGGGGUGGAGCUGCUCUCUGAUUGGCUGAGGAAACCCCAUUGUAGACUGGAGAUACUGAGGUUGUCAUUCUGCACAGAGAGGUGCUGUGAGUCUCUGGCCUCGGCUCUGGAGUCGAACCCUUCACACCUCAGAGAACUGACGCUGCACCGCAGUGAUCCAGGAGAAUCAGGUCUGAAGCUGCUGUCUGAUUUACAGGAGAACAAAAGAUACAAACUGCAGACACUGAGGGUGUCUAAGGGAUUCAUUAGAACAUGAACCGGAUCAGAACUAAAAGACAACAAUGGAUAAUUUUCCUCCUUCUGUCCGGACCAAAUGAUCUGAACUACAGGUGUGAAAAUGACCUUAAAUUCCUCAUAACUCUUCUCUCUUUAAGGACUCAAUGCUCAAAACUCCUCAAUCAGAAGUCAGAGGGUAUCUGAGCACCAGCUACCAGCUCUUUGUGUAACGUAAGAGCAUAAAAUACUGGAGGGGGGAGGAACAUAGAGGAACAUGUCCCACUGCACUUUU